GUACGUUGGACUAUUUCAUCGGGUAGAGUUGAAAUUCUCAAAAAGAAAACUUUGCUCAAAGUCACAGUCAAGCUAGGAAGAUGGAGGGCUUAACGAUACCUUGUGCAGCCCAGAGUGCAGGACCUCUCAAUCAAUUACUUGGUCUCCUAAUUAAUUCCCUCGUUUCGGCUCAAUGUUCGAUCUCCCCACCAGAAAUGUGGCCUAAAGAUUAUGGCCCAUCAGUGCUCGAAAAAGGAUUCGAGGAAUAUGAUUUUAUUGUCGUUGGAUCCGGAUCUGCCGGAGCAGUAGUUGCCAGUCGCUUGAGUGAAAACCCAGACUGGAAAGUUUUGCUUCUUGAAGCUGGUGGGGAUCCACCAAUUGAAGUUGAGAUUCCUGCAACAUUCUACUACCUUCAAGACUCAGACUACGACUGGAGAUACAGAACAGAGUAUUCCGAUAAAGCUAGUAAAGCUAUACCUGGUGGAAGUUUCUGGCCCAGAGGUAAACUCUUGGGUGGAACUAGUGGACUUAAUGCUAUGAACUACAUUCGUGGUAAUCGUCGAGAUUACGAUCAAUGGGAAGCUAAAGGCAACACUGGUUGGGGAUGGAAGGAUGUCGUUUACUACUUUAAGAAGUCCGAAGGAAAUGAAGAUUUUGAAGUUGCUGAUGAUGCUGUUGGAAAGAAGUUCCACAAUAAAAAUGGACCUCUUAAAGUUUCGUGGUUCUCCAACACAGAACCACUCAAACACGUAUUCCCCGACGCAGCUAAAGAUCUCGGCUACAAGUAUCUUAAGGAUUUCAAUGGAGAGGAACAUCUCGGUUUUGGUAUUGCACAGGGAUCUGCCAGCAAAGGUGUAAGAUACAGCACAGCUCGUGCUUUUCUCAUUCCUGCAAAGGAUAGGCCUAAUCUCCACGUAGUAAAGAAUGCAUUUGUUCUUAAUGUUGAACUUGAUGGAAAAACAGCAACUGGUGUAAAGGUUAAAGUAGAUGGCAAGAAGACUUUGAUUGCCAAAGCCAAAAAAGAAAUUAUCAUAUCCGGUGGAGCCAUCAAUUCACCACAGCUUUUGAUGCUCUCAGGUAUUGGUCCAAAGGAUCACUUGAAAGAACACGGAAUUAAGGUUGUAAAGGACUUGCCUGUUGGACAGAAUCUCCAGGAUCACGUUAUCGUUCCUCUGUUUUUCCAAUUCCACAAAUCAAGUGCAACAGAGAGAAAUGCGGAAGAUCUUGGCGAAGUGUUGUACAAGUAUCUCAUGCAUCGAAGCGGCCCUCUGUCUAGCAUUGGAACUUCUGAUAGUAUGGGCUUUGUUAACACGAAGAAUGAUAGUGUCUUCCCAGACAUUCAGUACCAUCAUUUCUCAUUCAGGAAGAAGGCUGCUGAACUUGUGUACGCUUUUGGAGCUUUCGGAUACGAUCAUUCCAUUGCGAAGACUGUUAAAGAAGCCAGUCAGGAGGGAGAUGUUGGAGCUGUCUUGGUGACACUUUUGAAUCAAAAAUCGAAGGGAUAUAUUGAAUUGAAGGGUAAGGAACCCGAAUACUACCCUAAGAUCUUUGCAAACUACCUCGAUGAUAAAGACGAUGUGGACACAAUUAUUCGAGGUGUUCGACUCUAUAUGAAAUUCCUGACCACGGAAACUUUUAAGAAGCAUGAAGGUCAUUACAUAAGACUUCCACUAUCAGAGUGCGAUAGAUUGGAGUACGAUUCCGAUAAGUACUGGGAGUGCUACACAAGACAUAUGGCUACAACUCUCUAUCACCCUACUGGAACAGCCAAGAUGGGUCCAGAAUCCCACAAGGACACCGUCGUUGAUCCCCGACUUAGGGUUAAAGGUAUCAAAGGACUGCGUGUUGUGGAUGCUAGCAUUAUGCCAGAUAUUGUAUCCGGUAAUACAAAUGCUCCAACGAUCAUGAUUGGUGAGAAAGGAGCUGAUCUAAUCAAGGAAGACUGGAAGUAUGACAUCAAGCAUGAAGAGUUGUAAAAUAGCAGCUGCAGAGAGCUAUUGUAUUUGAAAUGUUAAACUUAUUUAGAGAAUAAAUAAAAUAGAUCAAAAUAUAAA